AUGGUGUAUGCCUGGCAAAUGCGUCCUUUUUACUUCAGCAUCAACGAAUUGCGACUGAAUAGGCGAGCCCUUAUGAGCCGCGUACUGGAUCUUUUCUCCAAGGUGGAGUCUCGAAUUAGUCGCACCCUGCUGUGCAGUGCCGCGGGCAUCGCCGCCUCCCGACUGCCCUUGCCUACUCCCAGUGGCGGCGGCGGCAACGUCACACUAAACGCCGCUCUGCGGGAUCUGGCCCUGUUCAACGCGGACCUGGCCAAGCGAACACCGCCGAGCAUUCUGGAGUCGAUGCGUGCUGUG